AUGCUUCUCGAUUUAGAACUUCUCCCUCGUCUCAUUCCUAGAUCGUAUAGCGUGUCCUCAUGCCGUGGACGCCGGGUCCGAUUCGUUUAUUCCGUUAUGAAUUUUACAGCUGAAGAAGGGCGAAGGAAGUAUCCUUUUUUCAGAUACCCGCGAAAAGGCUUGGCAACGGAAUACCUAUUGGGACUGAGAGUGGAUGAUAUAGUGCAGAUAAUGAACAAGGAACCUGCACGAUUCCGUCUUCCACCACCUCCUCUGCCUUCCACAUGUGCCAAGGACAUGCCCCUGCUAAUGAUUGGACCUGGAACAGGAGUUUCGGUGUUUCUAGCUUUCUGUCACCACCUUUUGAAUGUGAAGCUAAGUGAUCCCAAAAAUUUCCCUGACGUGCCUCGUUAUCUGUAUUUUGGUUGCCGAAACAUGGACAAGGAUUCUCUAUAUAUUGAUGAGUUGAAGUCAUAUGUACGUGAAGGAAUAUUAACGGAGCUGAUUUUAUGCGAAAGUCAAGGAAAUGGUGGAUAUCCAAAAUAUGUACAAGACGCAUUGAAACAAAGGAUUACGCAGGUAUGUGAAUUCCUGACAGCUGCUUCCGAAGUGCCCUCACGAGUAUUCAUUUGUGGCGAUGCUAAAGGAAUGUCAAAGGGUGUAUGGCAGUGUUUCCACGAUAUCGUCAAGGAAGGAAUGGGUUAG